UAUUAUUGUAGGGUUCCGGAAAAGCUGCUGACGUAUUGGUUUUAGCUUGUGAAUGUGCAGGGAAAGAGAAAGCAGAGAGAUUAAGAUGGGAAAUGGAGUUCAGAAAAUUAACUGGCGUAACCGAAGAGCAUAGAGCUGCUGUGCACGCAUGCAUCGAGAAGAGACAUUUGAUCAAAAUAUUUGAUAUGACGAACACCUCAAAUAUGCCAAAUGAUAUGAGUGAUGUUAUCUUAAUGGCUCUGCAGGACGUGAAGCGGGAAAACAAGGACCUUAGUCAGCUGAAGCUUGCAUUAUACUGGAACAGAAUCGACACUGCCAGUGAUAUCAUGCAAAACAUAAGCAGAGAGAAUCUCAAAACCGUUUUCGAUGACAACGAGAUGAUAACAUCUGCUCUGGUGUUGGAUAGAUGUGACUUCAUGGAUAUCUUUCUCGUAAAAGGCAAGGACAUGGCAAGCUAUUUGACGAAGGAAAUGCUCCAAAAACUGUAUCUUGAGAUUCCAAGUGACGGUGUUCUGAGAACCAUUUUGUCGAAAGCUCGGAUAAUAACCGAUUUAGGAAAAGAUGUGAGUAUGAGAAAGUGUAAACGCCUACAAUUAUGGAUCACGAACA